AUGUGUGAGCAUUUCACCACCGAUGCGUUCAAGAAAAAUUCUGAAAGAGGACGUCUUGGUGCGGCUGUGAAGCAACUCAACGGUAUCAACCACAGCAAUGGCAACAAAAGUUUCACUAGUAUCGAAUACGAGUUGCUGCAAGCCGGAGAGCCUUGUGAUCCAGUGACUUUCUUCCGACGAACCCAUGAUCCUGAAAAGAAAAUCAACGCCAAAUGCAAAGAAAUGAGUGAAAAAAUGAAGGCCAUGAAGGAAGCCGCAGAUCGGGGAGAAACUAAUGACACUCCAGAAGAGAUAUUUAACAAAGUUCGUAAUGCUGGAUGUUCGGGUAAACGUCGUCGCAAGGCUCAUCCAACUAACUACAGUUUAUACCAGAAAAAAGAAGAAGAAAUGGCCGAAUUGAAAGUAAGAAUGGCAUCCUUGGAACAGGAAAACAAAAGGCUUAAGAAAGAAACAGGUCCGAACGCGACAAAGAAGUGGUUGAAUGAAUAUCUUGUUAAAAAUGGCAUGCCGGCUAUGGAAUUAUCAUCUGAAGAUGAAGCGGAAGAUGAUGAUGAAGAUGCUGAUGUGCACGGGAGUCAAAUUCAUGAACAUCGAGAUGCCUUUGAAGGUAGUGAUAUGGAAGCUGAAGAGGAGGAUGUAGAUGCCUUUGCAGAUGGUCAAGAAGAAUGA